UCCAUUUAGUUUAACGGAUGUUUUUUGUAGUAUAGAACACGAGUUUCGUAGCCUAAGUUACAUCAACAUCACAGCACAUGCCGAACUGUCAUUAAAGUCUGGUACUUUAAGUAGUCCUUUAGCUGGUGGCCAGUAACGUUUCUGGUCUAAAAAUGUACCUUAGGUCUCACUGAUACCCGCUGUAUAAUUUUUUAAACAAAAACCCCGGCGUUUUGGACGAAAAUUAACUUUGAAAAUGUGCUGCAUGCAUAACUGUACUGAACGGGCACGUGUCGAUUUGUGGAUCGUUUUAACGUCAUUCUAACACAGCUAGUGACAGUAGUGAGGAGUAAAAAAUGGAUGUCAGUGGAGUUUUUACUAAAUUAAGAAACACUUUGUCAAGUACAGUAAACGAAAUCAGUGCUGUCCUGCCUGGAAAUCCUCUGCUACGAGAAUAUGAUGCAGGAGAUCAGGUCGGGAGUGGAGGCCCUCGGUACCUCUGGAAAAUUUACAAAGCAACAAAGAAAUCAACAAAAGCGGAUGUUGCUUUGUGGAUAUUUGAGAAGAAGCAGUUGGACCAGUUUAAUCGAACAGACAGGGAAAUGAUCAUUGAAGUUUUAAGAAAAGGUUGUGUUCAGAUGACCAAACUACGACACCCAAGAGUGUUGAUUGUAGAACAUUCAUUAGAAGAAUCAAGGGAAAGUAUAGCUUUUUGUACAGAACCUGUCUUUGCAAGUCUUGGCAAUGUACUUGGAAGGAAAAAUAACAUUGACAAAAUCCCUAAGGAAUUACAACCACAUGAACUGCAUGAUGUCGAGAUAAAGUAUGGACUUAUGCAGAUUGCUGAAGCCUUGGCAUUCCUUCACAGCAGUGUAAGAAUGGUGCAUGGUAAUCUAUGUCCUGAGUCAAUCAUAAUAAACAAGAUGGGAGCUUGGAAAAUCGCUGGUUUUGACUUCUGUAUCCCUAACACUGGAACUGUAUCAGAAACCAAAUUUGUAUCUUCUGACUGGGACACCUCCAUUCCUUCCCCUGCUUUGCCCAAUCCAAACUACUUGGCACCAGAAUACAUUUUAAGCAAGUCAUGUAGUCCAGCAAGUGACUUGUUUUCUCUUGGUAUCUUGCUAUACUCCGUCUACUACAAGGGAAAAACUUUGUUUGAAUGUGGAACACAGGACGUGUAUAGGGUCAUGCCAAAAUCUGUUGAUCAGUUGGAAAAUCUUUCCCCACACCAUCUUGAGAAGAUACCACAAGAAGUCCGUGAACAUGAGAAGAUGUUGCUUAAUCCUUCACCCAAUGUAAGACCUGAUGCAGAACAAAUGUCCAAGCUUCCAUUCUUUGAACAUGUUGGAGUAAAAACUCUACAAUAUCUGGACACUUUGUUGCAACAAGAAAAUCUUCAAAAAUCUCAGUUUUUUAAAGGACUUCCGAAAGUUUUACCCCAACUUCCAAGAAGAGUUCUAAUGCAACGUGUACUCCCAUGUCUCACAACGGAGUUCACCAACCAUGAUAUGGUCCCGUUCGUUCUACCUAAUGUUUUGCUCAUAGCUGAAGACACUUCUAAAGAAGAAUUCCUCAAAGAAAUUUUUCCGAAAUUAAUUCCAGUCUUUAAAAUACAACGUCCCAUACAGGUUUUGUUGAUCUUAUUAAAAAAGAUGGACUUGUUGCUCUCAAAGUCCACACCAAGUCUCGUUAACAUCCACAUCCUCCCGAUGCUCUGCGCAUCACUGGAAGCUCCAUCCGUGCAGAUCCAGGAACUAUGCUUGACCAUCAUCCCUUCUUUUGCGGAGCAAAUUGAACUUCCAGCCAUGAAAAACUCAAUUUUACCGAAAAUAAAAAAGAUUGCUCAUGAAGGAAGCGUGACCGCUAUUCGAAUCAAAGCCCUUGUGUGCCUUGGCAAGCUGCUACCAGUGUUUGACAAGUGGUACGUACAGGAUGAGAUAUUGCCUUUCUUGCAGAAGAUAAGUUCACGAGAGCCUGGUAUUCUGAUGGCUAUUCUGGGGAUUUAUAAAACUGCACUGACUAGUGAUAAACUGGGUAUUUCAAAAGAUAUCAUGGCUCUUAAAAGUCUUCCCCAUCUUAUUCCAUUAUCAGUUGACAACAAUCUAAACCUCCAGCAGUAUCUGGCUUUCAUGUCUGUUAUAAAGGAUAUGCUACAGAGAAUUGAAAAAGAGCAUAAAACAAAACUUGAACAACUGAGUAGAAUGAGACUGGAACAGGAUGCUGCGUUAGAUUUUACAAGAGAUCAGACCAAUGGUGUUUCAAUCACGGAAGAUUCUGUGGAUGACAUGUUCAAAUCCGAGGCUCCUCCCAUAAACUCUGAGCCAUCUUCCACCUCUCGUCAACAUCUGACCCUGGAGGAGAAGCAGAGGCUGGCAAGGAUGAAGGAGCAGGAGAACAGGAUGAAGAAGACUGGUGAUAUCAAUCCUGUCAAUGUUGGGAAACCAGUGACUAACCACACACAUGCAAAGCCCAAAGAUCUAACUUCUUCAUUAAUGCAAAGUAACGUACAAGCCAUGGGUGCCAGUAGAUCAAAACCUAUGUCCUCUAUGAUGUCACAGCCAAUGUCUAUGAUGUCACAGCCAACACCUAUGAUGUCACAACCGAUGUCUAUGAUGUCACAGCCAACACCUAUGAUGUCACAGCCAACACCUAUGAUGUCACAGCCAAAACCUAUGAUGUCACAGCCAACGCCUAUGAUGUCACAGCAAAAGUCUGCAAUGCAGCCUAACUACAUGCAAAAACCAAUGUUGACAUCCCAGUCUUCAAAUUUUGGAAUGUCCAGUGCAUCUCAAUCUUCUAUGUUGUCCCCAGCACCAAGCACUGUCUGGCAAAGUAAAACAAACAUUCUCAGCAGUAACUCCUUUGGAAUGCAAAAGUCAACAACUUUUCCAAGUUACAGCAAUGGUCAAAACUCAAUAAACCAAAAUAUGGGGGCAAUGAAUAUAAACACUCCGAACCCAUUUUUAAACCCAACCCCGUCUAGUAACUCUGGUUUCAAUGGUAUGGGUAACCCCUACAUGCAAAAUUCGAAUUCGAACCCAGUGUCAAUGCAAAACCAAUAUGGAAUGAAACAAACGAAUUCAAACACUACUGCCAAUCUAAGCAAGCAAGAUCUUUUAGAUUUUUUGGGCUAAGACUGUUGUAUAUUUGUAGCAUUUUGAGUUUUCAGUAAAAAGCAGUGAAAAUAUUUGAACUGUUUUUGACUUUUAGGUGCAUGCCAAAAUGUCUUCACAACCUGUAUUUAGUUCUGUUACAGUUACACCAACAUACCAUUAAAAUGUUUCUAAUCAGCUAUUUUAUAUACUAACAUGACAAAUUUCAUUGUUGCACACAUAUGUGGUAAAUAUGCAUGGCUAAUUUUCACUCAUUAAUUACAACUACAGAAAAUACUUACUGUUAGUAUGAAAUCUUGUCAGUAACUGCUAUGCCUUGCUGAUUAGAAUAUAACACAGUUUUAAUACUUUUAGAAAUCAUCUGUGCUGAGGGAUAGUUGUAAACCAGUUGUAGUUGUAAUUUUAUUUUGCAAUGGUUUUGCUGCACACUGUUUGAAGCUAAAUAUAUAGAAUGCCAUUCUUAUUUAUUAAACUGUUUUUCUGCAAACUUUUGAUUUAUACUGAUUUUUCAUUUAAGUGCAAUCCAAUAUUUGUUCGGUGCCGCACAAGUUUGUUUUAUUCCAUAUAUUGUAUAGUUUUAAUUAAAUAGAGGAUAUGUAUU